AUCAGGGAUACGGCAGGUUCAUUUUAAUUAAGGAUGAGCAGUUCUACAGCUCCAUGGACUCACAAUAUGUAUAUACUGGCCUGUCUUCAGCCAGAUUCCAAGUGAGUGCCAUCACACUCAGUGAAAGAUGGAGUUUCAGAUGCUAUGGCUAUCACACAAGCAAGCCUCAAGUGUGGUCAGAAGGGAGUGACAUCCUGGAGCUUCUAGUCUCAGGGACCCUCCAGAAACCCAGCAUCUGGGCUGAGCCAGGCUCUGUGAUCACCUCAGGGAAUCCUGUGACAAUCUGGUGUGAGGGAACUAAGGAAACCCAAAUAUAUUUCCUGUAUAAAGUAGGAAGCCCAGCACCCUUGGACAGAUUAACUGCACCAGUGCCUGAUCACAGAGCCAAGUUUAUCAUCCCAUCCAUGAGAGAGAAUAAUGCAGGGCGAUAUCACUGUUACUGUUAUAACUCUGCUGGGUGGACUGAGAAGAGUGACACCCUGGAGCUGGUGGUGACAGGAUCUGCUGAGAACAUCACUAUAUCACAAAACAUGUCCAAACCAAACACUGAGACCAGUGGCACCGAAAUCAUAAUACGAAGACCAGGAGUACAACUGUCACUGUGCAAUGUCCGAAGUCCCCACUCCUCAAACUACUUUCUGGCAGAGACUGUCCACAAAUCUCCCUAUGGGCUGAGCUAUGCUCUGUGA